UUCAAUUGGGAAAGUCAAAAUUGAAGAAAUUCAAGACAGUCGAAAUUUUUGGACGCCGGCAUGCAUAGCUCGGGACGGCGACGACGAUGAUGUCUGCCGUUAACUGACCUUCGCCGGAUUGAUGUCUGAGGGCAUAGUUCGAACGAAAAUCAGAUUCUUAAUUCGUCUCAAGUCUAUUCAUUGAUUUUUGUCCUCUGAUAUCAACCUCCAUGUAAGAAAAUGUCACCGCCAACAUAUAGUGAGUUAGGGCAGUCCGCUCGGGACGUAUUUGGAAAUGGUUAUCAUUUUGGUCUUCUAAAAUUGGACGUCAAGACUAAAACUGACUCCGGUGUUGAAUUCUGCACUGGUGGAGUAACAAACCAAGACACUGGCAAAGUCUUUGGUACUUUGGAGACCAAAUACAAAAUCAAAGAAUACGGAAUUACUUUCGCAGAGAAGUGGAAUACUGAUAAUACUCUUGGUACCGACAUUGCCAUUGCUGAUAAACUUUUACAAGGACUGAAACUCAGUUACAGUUGCACAUUCUCACCACAAACUGGGAGCAAGACUGGAAAGCUCAAAACCGUUUACAAACAUGAAAAUGCAGCAGUCACUACUGAUCUUGAUCUCAGUCUUUCAGCUGGCCCUCUCGUUAAUUCAUCGGCCGUCUUAGGAUAUCAAGGUUGGUUGGCGGGAUACCAGGCAUCUUUUGACUCUCAGAGAAGCAAAAUCACUAAAAACAACUUUGCACUUGGAUUCGCUGCUUCCGAUUUCACCCUUCAUACUUCUGUGGACAAUGGUCGCGAGUUCGGAGGUUCAAUUUACCACAAAGUGAAGCCGGGAUUGGAAGGAGCGAUCAACUUGGCCUGGAACUCCAGCAACAACGUUACUCAGUUUGGACUUGGAACCAAGUACGAUCUUGGCAAUGACGCAAGUGUCAGGGCCAAGGUGAACUCUCAGCUCCAGAUUGGAUUGGGAUAUCAGCAGAGACUCCGCGAUGGAGUCACACUGACACUCUCAACGAACAUCGAUGGCAAGAACUUUGGAUCCGGCGGUCACAAGAUCGGAUUUGCAUUGGACCUCAAUGCCUAAAUUAAAAAAAAAGCUAAGUGAACUCUACCCCUCCGAUAACUAUUUCAUAACACUUGUGUCGCAAAGACAGCUUCACAGAAGAUUACAUGCUUCAGACAGAGAAUAUUGCCUGUAACGUAAUGUAGAUAGACUUUCCCUUAAUAAGGGCACAUGGAUUUCACGCAUUGAUUUCAGCUCAAUUGACUUGAUAGAGUUUGUAGAUUGCAGAAAGAUAUCGAAACGUAGUUAAGUGUUUCUCGUUGCGAAUGAAUGUCGACUAUUGAAUAUACUUACAAUAUUGAAUCCUUUUCCCUUGUCGACUAAUGUGAAAUAAACACCAAAUUUCAAGCAAACAAUUACAAAAUUAGAUCUGUGCAAAAGAAAUAUAAAUAUCGAAAUGACAAAAAAAAAGUAUUUCAACGGAUUUUACAGAUGCUCAUGUAAAUCGUGCUUUCUUAGAAUUGUAAUUAAUAUUAAUUAAAAAUGACUUGUUCUUAAAAAGUGAUGACUAAAGACGAAAAAAAACAAAACAAUUUUAAACUUUAGAGUGUGCAAAAUAUAACUUAAGAUUCAAUGUUCAACGUGUAAUGUAUAAUUCCAAACUGUCGAGUUCACCGAACACGAUUUUCCAUGUAGUUCUGUAAAUAGGUGUAAACUACGAGAUUGUGUGACGAUUUAGCGAAUCUUUAUCUUUGAAUUGUUUUUCCUCUCGCAAUUUCUCAUUUUAAUUAAAGCGAAAUAUUCUUCUACGUCUCCGUUAUUCAUAAGGACACAUAUUCUGCGUAUGUAUAAUUAUUGUUCCCACACUAUUCCAUAGAUACAAAUGAGAAAUGUUUGUUCUUACACUGCUUCAAUUAAGUAUCGAACUCGAUUCAGUUUUAUUUGAAUUCCUAGCAAACAACGAUCUUUGUAGUUUAUAUCGAAUGAAUGCCUUUGGAUAGUUGCUGGAAAAUAAAGUUAGACACAAUUGUUAA